AUGAAUUCAUUUGACGCAAAGAAGGGACUCUUGACGAUCUACAAGUCGUACAUCGAAGGUAUAGAGAUCCGAUUCGACUGUAGCUGGAGCCCGGAAUCAGCGGUCUCGUUCCACGCCGUUCGCAAGAACAGCACACGGCUAUUCAGCAAGAAGAAUUGUCCGAAAGCCUUCCGAUGGACGCUGCGUCAACGCAAGCAGAUUUGGGAUGACAUCGUAAUACAGUGCGCCAAAGACGGACGCGAGCGCUCCGACGUCGUGGCGACCUGGGAUAUCAUUGCAGAUAUGGCGACGCAGGCAAAGUACGAUAGACAGGGCGAGGCGCACAUCGCGAUCAAACACAUGUUCGCAUUUGGGACUAGCACCUGCUGUGUCCUGGUGCGCAGGCGUAAAUUGGAAAGGAAAGAGCUCACAUUGGAUCGGACAGGCGGCGAGAGGACAAUCAUCGAUGAUAUGUGCGAGGCUGCCGCCCCUCACGCCUCUGAUUACCGUCAUACGGAGAUAAAGUCUAUUGAGCGCGGCCUUUCACGCGCCGACUUGGAUGGCGAGUUCACUAAACCACAGACACGAGUGAUCCGCCACCGGGGCCCUACUCCCUCGGAGAGCCGUGCGCGCCCAUGCUUUCUGAUGGUGCACCUCUCCAUCAACUCCUGGGCUCCUCGUGAUGGCCGCCCAUCGUUCAUAGGCAAGUGCUUUCCAAUAUCUCAACAACUUCCGCCUCGAAGUCCCCUCGAGCACGUUCAGAUCUCGCAGGCAGCGCUCUCCCUCGCCGCACCGUUCAGCCUCGCAGUCGAUGGUGCGCAUCACUCCAUCCUCAUCAAUUACAUUAACACUAUGCGAGACGGCUACUUCGACGCGAUCUACGGCGGUAAUGUCGGGGGAACCAAUAACACCAACUCUACGUCGAGCUGGUCGGCCGAGGGCUGGGGUCAAAAAGCAAGGCUGACAUCGAGCGAGGAAGACGAGGCGCCACAUGAGAAGAAUCAACGAGAAGAGCAGUCUCGUAGCUGCCGUCGACCCGCCCUCGCCCGUGCACCUAUUCCGACUUUCGGCUUUCAACGUUCGACUUUCAAUCCAUCAGAGUAUCCCACCCACACCACCUACUUCAUGGAUCCCAUCGCCUGCACCACGUCCCGGAACUUUUCGGCCAAAUCCGAAUUGGGAGAAUUCAGAAACAAGGCCUCUACAUGGCUCCGAAUCCUCCCACUUGUGCUGACACAAGCGGGCUCAGACGCAUAUGCGCAGAGGAGAGGUAGGAGAGAUAGGAGAGGUAGUAUCGACCGUACGGGAAGCUACAUCAUCGGCGUCCCAGGCUCUCUGCCCUUCAAUAUCUCGAUCUUCCGACUAGAGCUGCUAACCGAACGCACACAAUACACCGUCCACAAGCGCCAUCAGCACGACAUCCCGCGCUGA